UUGAGACUUGACACCAAGAGAACGAAUCCAAAUCCAAUCCUAUUAUUCGGAGAGAAUGAACUAAACCCUAUUCGGACAGCAGAAUAACAAACAAUGAAAGCUGCUGUCUUUCCCUCUAAAAUCGCAAGUCUAGGCCUCCCUUCUGGCCGUUUCCCACUGUUCUUCCGAUCACCGGCAUUGUCGAUAACAACAACUCCUUGUCGGAAGCUGACAGGAGGAAGGAAGGGUAUUGAAGGAUUGAUGUCUCAGUCUCCGUCCUCAUCUUCUCAAUUGUUUUCGUCUCUAUCGAAUUCAUUCUCCUCUCAGUCGGAAUCGGAGUUACCUCAGGUUCAGUUACCUUCCCCGAAGCCAAAGUCCCCGCCGCCGCAGCUCCCGUGGCUCAUAGUCGGUUUGGGGAAUCCCGGAAAGAAAUUCCAGGGCACUCGCCACAACGUUGGGUUUGAGAUGGUGGACGCUUUGGCUGAUGCAGAAGGGAUAUCAAUGAACACCGUUAACUUCAAGGCCUUGUUUGGCAAAGGCGUUAUUGGAAACAUACCGAUUAUGCUGGCGAAACCUCAAACUUUCAUGAACGCCAGUGGUGAGUCUGUUGGACAAAUUGUUUCCUUUUACAAGAUCCCGCUAAAGCAAGUACUUGUGAUUUACGAUGAUUUAGACUUGCCCUUUGGUAAACUGCGUUUAUUGCCAAAAGGUGGUCACGGAGGGCAUAAUGGGAUGAGAAGCAUUAUAGACCGGCUAAAAGGGAGCCGUGAUUUUCCACGUCUAAGAAUAGGGAUUGGACGGCCUCCAGGGAAGAUGGAUACAGCCAAUUAUGUUCUUCGCCAGUUUAACAAACAAGAACAGGAAGAGUUGGAUUAUACAUUUCAAACAGGGUUAGAGGCAAUAAGGAUCAUGUUGCUUGAAGGGUUCAACAAAAGUGCAACCUUUGUCAACACUCAGAAAUCUAUGCAACAACUCAGUUGAAAAAAAGAGAGAGAGAUUGUCCCAUCCACAUAUGAAGAACUGCAGAUUUUUCAGGCCGAUUCAUUAUUAUUAGAAAAUCAAUUCAUAUUUCCUUUGAGCAAAUUGUAUAUCACAAUAAAAACCAAAAGUUUAUUAGCCUUGACAUAAUUUGCUCUUGAUUAUAAUAAUAAAACUGAAAUAUCAAAUAUUUAAUAAAUUUAUC